CUAUUUUCAAAAUUAUGGUGUAAAGUUGGACAUCAAAUUUAUAUACACAACUGAAUCCAUCUAAUAAAAAAAAGUCAAUACGCUGCCAGAAAAAUGUAUCCUUUCAGUGGGUUUAUGUCAUCCAAUUCACCACAAGCCAGCAACUAUUUCUCAAGACCAUCCGCACAAAAUCAAAGAAGUCGUUCGACUGCGCCAUGUCCUGGUUGCAGAACGCAGUUACCGUCGCCAUUAGAAGCAUCAAAUUGUCAUUCAGAUGAGUUAACUUGUCAGAACUCUCAAAGUCCAGCCUCUGAUUCUGACUUCACUGAAUUGUUUAUGGAUUGUGAUUGUUCGUGUCCAACUGAUUCAUCUUAUGCUGCAGAAACUUCCCAAACUUCCGUGACCAGUAAAUGUUACUCUGAUAAUUCAUUGCCAUAUAGAAGGCCUGGCAACUCUUCACAGACAAUGAAGGUUACAAAAAUAUCUAGGUGUAGGAAACCAGGAUGCCCGAGUAGUUUGCAUCGUGCACCCCAAACUGAUUGCCCGGAAGGUCCAAAUCAGACAACAAGAACCUCUUCUGGAAGUUUCUUGCCAAAUUUUUCAAACUACAUGACGUCUGAACAAAAUUCAGAAAUGUGUCCAUGUCCCCCUCCACAAUGUGAAUCCAUGCCAAGAGGUCCACGUGGCGUCAGCCCUCUACAAAGUGCCUUUACAUCAAGGAAUCCAAAGCAUUCUUCGCCAAGAAGUGCAGUUAUGCCAAGUUAUCCGAAUACUCAACAAUGUCCAGCAAUGCCAAGGCAUCCAAAUGCUGUUAAUUUUCAACAGAGCUCAGCAAUGCUAAGGGGUCCCUAUAAUUCUGUACCAGGAGGUUCAGUCGGGAUGACAAGGCGUCCAAAUGCUGCAAGCUCUCAACAAAAUUCAGCAAUGCCUAGGUGUCCAAAUGCUGUGAGUACUGAAGAUAAUGACUUUUUACCAAGAUGUCCAGGUUGUAUGGGCUCUCCACAAAGUGAAGAUUCAUCAGAUUACCCCAAUAAUAUAAACGCUACAUCAAGAAGUAGAACUUUACCAGUAUGUCCAAAUACACACUUGGCUGCCCCAGGAUAUCCAGGUGCAUCAAGAUAUCCAGGUGUUGCGAAUACUUCUAUAAGUACAACUAUGCCUCUUUCGUCGAGAAAUGCAGUCCCACAAAGAUGUCCAGGUGAUGAGAGUGCUACUCAAGGUAUACCCAGAUCUAGAUGCAAAAUUCCUGCUUGUCCAAGAAAUCUGGUUGCAAUGACAUGUCCAGGUGCUGUGAAUACUUCUAUAAAUACAACUAUGCAUCUUCCAUCGGGAAAUGCAGACCCUCAAAUAUAUCCAGGUGAUGAGAGUACUAAUCAACGUAUACCUAGAUCUAGAUGCAAAAUGCCUGCUUGUCCAAGAAAUGCGGUUGCAAUGACAUGUCCAGGUGCUGUGAGUGUUCCACAAAGUGAAGUUAUGCCAAGUCAUUCGAACCAUGUACCAACUGGUUCUGUUGCACCAAAGUGUCACAUUUCUGCAUGUCCGAAAAAUGUUGCUUCCCAAAGGGGACCAAAUCAACCUGUGCUUAGUAAUGCAAUUUUAAAUACUGUGCCAAUGGAUUCUGUAAUGCCAAAGUGUCACAUUCCUGCAUGUCCGAAAAAUGUUGCUACCCAAAGGGGACCAAAUCAACCUGUGUCUAAUGAUGGAAUUUUAAAUACUGUGCCAAUGGAUUCUGUAACGCCAAAGUGCCACAUUCCUGCAUGUCCGAAAAAUAUUGCUACCCAAAGGGGACCAAAUCCACCUGUGCCUAGUAAUGUAAUUUUAAAUACUGUGCCAAUGGAUUCUGUAACGCCAAAGUGCCACAUUCCUGCAUGUCCGAAAAAUGUUGCUACCCAAAGGGGACCAAAUCAACCUGUGCCUAAUAAUGGAAUUUUAAAUACUGUGCCAAUGGAUUCUGUAACGCCAAAGUGCCACAUUCCUGCAUGUCCGAAAAAUGUUGCUACCCAAAGGGGACCAAAUCAACCUGUGCCUAAUAAUGGAAUUUUAAAUACUGUGCCAAUGGAUUCUGUAAUGCCAAAAUGUCACAUUCCUACAUGUCCGAAAAAUAUUGCUACCCAAAGGGGACCAAAUCAACCUAUGCCUAGUAAUUUAAUUUUAAACACUGUGCCAAUGGAUUCUGUAACGCCAAGGUGUCACAUUCCUGCAUGUCCGAAAAAUAUUGCUACCCAAAGGGGACUAAAUCAAGUGCCAAUGGAGUCUGUAACGCCAAAGUGUCAUAUUCCUACAUGUCCCAAAAAUGUUACUACCCAAAGGGGACUAAAUCAAAUACCAAUGGAUUCCAUUACGCCACAGUGUCACAUUCCUAGAUGUGCGAAAAGUGUUGCUACCCAAGGGAUAUCAAAUCAAAUGCCUAUGGAUUCUAAUACGCCACAGUUUCACAUACCUACAUGUCCGAUAAAUAUUGCUACCCAAGGGGUAUCAAAUCAAAUACCAAUGGAUUCUAUUAGGCCACAGUGUCAUAUACCUACAUGCCCGAAAAAUGUUGCUACCCAAAAGGGACCAAAUCAACCUGGGCCAAAUAAUGCAGUUAUAAAUAAGUGUCCAAAAUCUAUGAAUCUUUUACCACUUCAUCAAACGUCUGCAAAUGCGACACCUGAAAGUACAGUAAAAUCAGAAGCUCCACUGGAUGCAAGUUCAAAGUCAAAUGUGCCAUGGUGUGAGUGCCGCUUGCCAAAUGACGCGGGUACUAUGACCGGAGUCGAUUCAAAAUGUCCAUUCUACGAUGAGACUGGUGACAGAAAACAUGAAAAUUGGAUACCCUCAGCAGCAAAGAAAUCUUGCUUGCGAAGAAACAAAUCCUCCAACAAGAGGAUAUGUUUCGAACUGGAAGACACGAUAAUCAACAAAAUCCAAUACAAAAACGUCAAGUGUCUCUGUCCCGAAGAAAUCGAAAGUCUGGUGAUCCUCGAGGCCAAAGACUGCGACAUCUUCUCACACAUAGCCAACACCUACCUACCCCUUAAUCCCGGUAACUUUGCUGCAAAAAAGAAACUGCAAGAACUCCGCCUACAAAAUCUGCACACGUUUUAUCAAAGCAUGUUCACCUCUUUGCCGGCACCGUCGGCGGACGCGGUGCAGCACGAGCAAAGCCCGGAGGUUUUGGCCAACUUCAUGCAUCUGCUGGAGCAGCAAAUCGACCCGGUUCUACCCCCUCAAGUCCAGUUCAAUCAUUUGUUUGAUAGUAGUAACAGUUCUGGAAUUGGGGGUGGGGGUGAUUCGAUUUAUUUGAGUUCUGUAGCUGACGGUCAUUACCAAGAUGUUGUUGUGCCUUUGGACGGGCCAACCAAUCCCAAGAUCGGUCUCUUUACAAAAGAGUUUAGGGAUGUGAGCAUUAGGUUCAAAAAUUUAGGUGAAGGUGAUGCACCCUCAGAUGACAUAUUCGACUCUAUUAAAUGGAACGACUUUGAUAUCGAAAAACUAAACAAGACGUUCGCCGACGAUACGUUUACAAACGACGACUUUUACACAGCUAGAAAUCUGGGAGCUGAACCAAUCAAGAUGCUAGAUGUGGCCGACCAACCGGAAGAACUAAAAAAGGAUAUGCAGAGUGGAAUUCAGUACUUCGUCGAAGCAUGCACCCCUCAGUAUAUAUCCAGAGUUCAACUUAGGGGACAUAACCCACCCACAUGGUUUCCCGGAUUUUAUUUCUCGUGUACCGAUACGAAAGAACCCAUUGAAGUUUUGAGGAGUCCUAGUCAAGCGUUCCUAAGAGCGUGGAGCGUUUCGGACCCCAGAUGCUUCGACGAGUGCUCUGUUAUAACCUUGUAGACUUGUGUAUAUAAAAAUAUAAAAUUUGGAACAAA